UUCUGUAGACGGCAUUGUUAUGCCGGUAGUCACCUUGCAAAAUGCGGGAAAUUCGACAAGCUUUAAAUAUCAAUGUCGCAUUAAUGAAUUUCAAAUGACAUACAAAGAUAAUUUUUUUUUUGGAACGGAAAUUUUUGAUUAACCAUGGAUCUUCAAACUCGGAUAAGAGUCAAUAAAGUUGUGUCUAAAACAAAUUCAGAAAUUAUCAACACAAGUAUUGCUAGUAACAGUGCUGGAUAUGACAGAAAUGAAGGAGACAACAUUAAAGUUUAUAUACGAAUUCGACCACCUUUAAAGCAUGUUCAAGAUGGAAUCAAUGAUACUGUUUGUCUUGAAGCAACAACUAAUAAUUCUGUUACUAUAUUUACAAAGCCAGAACCCAAGCAAUUUAGUUAUGAUUUUGUUGCUAAUAUGGAAACAACUCAGGAGGAAGUUUUUACAACUGUUGGCAAGGGUAUUAUAGAAGCAUUCGUAAAUGGAUUUAAUGGAACUAUUUUUGCUUAUGGCCAAACUGGCUCUGGAAAGACAUUUACAAUGAUGGGUCCUCCAGGAGACGAUGGCAUUGAUACUUUCACACAUGAGAUGAGAGGUGUAAUUCCUAGAUGUUUUGAAUACAUGUUCAGUUUAAUAAACAGAGAACAAGAAAAGAUUGGAGAUCGGGUGGAGUUUUUAGCAACAUGCUCUUUUUUAGAAAUUUACAAUGAGCAAGUUUAUGAUUUGAUUAGUCCAUCAACUGCUGGUUUACAGCUUAGAGAAAAUAUUAAAAAAGGUGUUUUUGUCGAUAGCUUAGCAGAACGUGAUGUUUGUUCAGCUAAAGAUGCUUACAGAGUUUUAGAGUCAGGAUGGUUGAAUAGAAGAGUGGCAUCCACAUCAAUGAAUCGUGAAAGCAGUCGCAGUCAUGCAGUGUUUACUGUCUCAUUAUCAUCAAAAAGACGAGUCGGUGGAAUGGCAAAUAUAAAGGUAGCAAAACUACAUUUAGUUGAUCUUGCUGGAUCAGAGAGACAGAAAGAUACUAAUACUCAAGAUUUACGUCUUAAGGAAGCUGGGAGUAUUAACAAAUCUCUAUCUGCGCUUGGUAAUGUGAUAAUGGCUCUUGUUGAUAUAACACAUGGUAAAACUAGACAUGUACAUUACAGAGAUUCCAAAUUAACUUUUAUGCUUCGUGAUUCAUUAGGAGGAAAUGCUAAAACUUACAUCAUUGCUAAUAUUCAUCCAUCUUCCAGGUACUUUGGUGAAACUUUGUCUACAUUAAAUUUUGCUUGUCGUGCUAAAAUGAUAAAAAACAAAGCUAUUGUCAAUGAAGAUGUGACUGGAAAUGUGAUGGAACUUCAAGCUGAAAUUCGAAAGUUAAAAGAAAUGUUAUCCCAAUCUAGAUCUUAUGGACCAAGUGUGACAAGUCUAUCAGUUUGCAAUGUUGAAAACAAUACCUCUGCAGGUGAUUUAGAUGAUACCGUCCAUUGGAAGGAAAUGAUGUUGAAUGCAAUUGCUCGUAGCGAACAAUCUGAACAGGAAAAGUCUGCUCUUCAGAUGAAAGUUUUAGACUUAGAAGAGUUGUGUCGUAAAAAAGAAAUGUUUGCUCAAUCUCAAAAAAUGAUAAUAAAGUUUCGCAAUGAUACUAUUUCAAAAUUAAAAAGUGCAAGUAUUUUAGACAAAGAUUCAGAAGUAAUUGCUUUAAAAGAUGAAAUAAAGUUGCUACAUUCGACAAUUGAUAAUCAUCCAGAAGUUAAACGACUUGCUGUUGAAAAUCUAGAACUGAGAGCUGAGUUAAAGCGGUUAAAGUCUCUUGAUCCUUCAAACGGAGAUGUUAUGAAAAGUAUGGCUGAAAAGCAUCGUUACACUUUACAACUUGAGCGUCAGCUGCGAGACUCAUUGCAAGCAAAAAGUCCAAACAAUCUUGAAAAAUCUAGUGCACAACAAAGUAUAGACGCAUUAAACAAUGAAAUCGAGAAGCUAAAAUUAGAGCUAACUCAAGUCCAAGCAAAAUUGGACACUUCAAAAAUUGAAUUAGAGAAGAAUAGACAAAAUUUGCAGCAAAAAUGUGCUGAGUUGGUUUGUUUGAGUGAAUCAUUUCGCAAAAAAGAAUUGGACUUGAAAUCAGAUUUGGUUGCCGCUAGAAAGUGCAAUAGUGAUCUUGAGAGAGCACUGGAAACCCUUCAACUUAAAACUGCUGUUGAAAGAUCAACAAUGAAUAACCUUCAUAUGCAGACGAUUAAGACAUUGUCUUCUCCUAAUAAGUUGGUGACUCCUCAAGGCACUCCAAAAAAAGCAAAAUUAUUCAAUGAUUUAUAUACAAAAGUGUCAACUCCAUCUUUGAAUAAAACUAUUGGUAAUGAUCAGAAAGAAUCUUUUCAACCAGAGAAGAAAAAAACAAAAUACUUUGAAGAAGAAAAGUAUGUUAAUGAUCCUGACCGCUUCAUUCAAGAUGAGCCUCAUCCAAAAUUUGUUGAUGAAGAUGAUAGUUUUGAUGAACUUUCUAAAAAUGAGUUUAAUCCAUUUUGGAAUCUUGCAGAUGAAACUCAAGAUGAAGAAGUAGAAUAUAUGGAAGCCAUACAAAAAGAGAUAAAACAUUUGCAGGAUUUGUAUAAUCAAUCCAGUCAAGCUCUUCAUACUGAACAAGCUGCAAAGAUUAUUUUAAAUGAAGCUAAAUUUAAAUUAGAGCACAAAGUCAAUGAGCUGGAGCAACUUCUGGAGCAUGAAAGAAACCAGUGGAAUGAAAAAGAAAAAGAUUAUACCAUUCAACUCCUGUCAAUAAAGGAAAAAUAUAAUGAAUUGCAGGAGGCUUUUACCAUGUUAACAAGUGAUGCCGAAAACUAUAAGUCACAACUAUUAGAGGCUCAAAAACUGUUAAAUAAUUUAAAAGAUGAGAAAUGUGAAGAAGCAAGCAAAGCAAGUCGCAAGUAUGCAGUUGUUGAAAGCAAGUGUGUAAAACUUGAAAUUGAUCUGCUAAAUUUGAGAACGGAAAUGGAUGCUACUGCAGAAGAAAACAAUAAUUUACAAGCUGGUUUUGAAAAUUGCAAGGAAGAGUUAGAGUUUUAUCGGCAUAAAAACUUUGAACUAGAACAAGUUGUUGAAGAAUACAAAAAAAAACUUAAAGAAGAAGAAGAUAAACUGCAGGUUGCUCUUGAGAAGCUUAACAAUGAAAUGGAAAUGGAAAUGAAAAUGAAGCUUUCUCAAGAAGACAAGCAUGCGGAGCUGAUGAGAUCUGUUGAGACAAUUAAUGCUUUGCAGGAAGAGUUGAACGUAGCAGCAAAAAAACUUGAUGACCAGAAUCAGUUAUUAGAGAAAAUGCAAGCAGACUUAGAAAAAUCACGAUCUGAAGUUAUAGCUCAAAAAUGGAUGAAUAUGGCAGACAAAGAGGCAAUUAAUAAUUUUAUGAAGACAGUUCAAGAGUUGCAAACCACCAUAAUAGACAAAGAAUCACGAAUAUCUUCUUUGACACUGGAGCUUGAAGAUAUUAAACAACAGCAUGAUUUACUACAAAUUUCUUUUGAAAAAAAGAAAGUUAAAAUCACAAAACUUACUGAAACAUUGCAAUGUGAAAGCAGCAAACUUGCUAAAGAAAAGGAGGAAAGGGAAAAAGAUGCAUUAACAUUUAAUGAAGAUGUUUCUAAUCUCAGAGAUCAGUUGGAUAACUGUUUUCUUAUUAUAGCUGAAAAAAACAAGGAGUUAAAAGUUCUUGAAGAAAAUCAUGAAUUAUUAAAAGAAGAUCUUAAUAAGAAAACUAUAGCGCUCGAUCACGAAAUACAUAAUAAAAAAUCAUCUGUUCUCGAAGUUGUGAAUACUGAUACCUUAACAGAAAUGUUAUCAGAAAGCCUUGAAGCUUCUAAGCAAGAAGAUCUAAAGGAAAUAGAAAGAUUAAGAAAGCAGUUAAUGGAAUAUGAAGUCAUACAGUCUGGACAAGAAGCAUUAGAAGGACAAAUUAAAUUUCUUGAAACUGAACUUGAAGAUUUAGAAAAAGAAAAAAUGAACCAAAAACAAAAAGAAAAGUUAUUAGAAGAUGAAAUAAGUUCUUACCGAGAAUGUAUGGAGAGGGAAAAAGCACUUGCAAAAGAGGCACUUUUCAAGAGGGAUCAAGCCAUCAAUGAAAAACAUGCUAUAUCUAAUGAAUUGGCUGAAUGCAAAAUGAAUAUGUUUAACAUACAAGAAGACCUUGAUGCUGUUCUUGAGGAGCUUGAAAAGACUAAAAGUUUAGAGGAAAAAUACUUUAAUGAGAAAAUAGCUUAUCAGUCGAAACUUGAAAUCAUUGAAGAGGAAAAGAAGCGUAUUGCAAAGGAAAUCGAAUUACUGCAGAAGGAAAAUGACGCGGUUAAAGUUGAAAAUGCGAAGUUAGCAGGUCACCACAAUCAUUCUCAGAGAAUUAAAGUUUUAAUGGAUUUGAAGAAUGAGAUUAAAGACCUCAAAGAGAAUAACGAUUAUCUUCGACAGGAAUUAAUUUCUUGGAAACAGCGUUAUGAACUUAAAUAAAAUGACUUUACAGUAAGUUUUGAUUUUGAUAAGAUUUAGGAUGAAAUGAAGAAACUAAUAUUUCAGUUCAAUAAAUUUUAUUUUGGCAAGAUCUUGGAUGAAAUAAUAUCUCAGUUGAUCUAAAUAACCGUUCAGUUGUUGAUUUUAGAAGAUCACAUAAAAUAAUUGGUUAAGAUCCGUAUCUUAAAUCAAUAAACAAAUUGAUUGAUAUAUUUUACAGAGUUGAAUGAUUUGGUUGAUACUGUAUUAAGUAGAACAUUGGAAUUUUAAUAAACAAAGGUUUACGCUGUUUAUUGAUUAUAAAUAUCGAAUAAUAAUGUGUAAUUUUUCUUAUUACAAUCCUUAGAAUCACGAAAAUAAUUAUGCCAUGUAUACACGAUUAUUUUAAAUUAAAAGCCAAUAAUUUCAUUAUUCUGAGGGUUUCAAACCCUCAAACUA